GGGGCGGGACAGUCGUUGACAGGUAGAGAUGGCGGGGAUGCAAUACCGGUGGUCCAACUAUUUUUAACUAGAGUGUCGCUUAAUUUUAACCAGCGGUUCGUAUGCUUAAGUAAGCGAACCGGGGAUCCAAAGCUUUAACCAUGUCGAUGCAUUUGUAUCAGAUGAGCACCAGGCUGCUCGGGGACACUGUUGGCAAAAUGAACGAUAACCUAACAUCCUUGAUCCUGGCCGUUUCUGUCGUCACCCUCACGUUGGGAUACUUUUACAGCAAAAUACUUCUUAGACGGACUUCUGACAAGCGUGUGAAAUACCCACCUUACAUCCCUUCCAGUAUCCCUUUUCUGGGUCAUGCUGUUGCAUUUGGCAAAAGUCCCAUUGAUUUUUUGGAAAAUGCCUACGAAAAAUAUGGACCAGUUUUCAGCUUCACCAUGGUUGGUAAAACCUUCACCUAUCUUCUGGGUAGCGACGCCGCCACACUGCUCUUCAACAGCAAAAACGAAGACCUAAACGCAGAAGAUGUCUACUCCCGACUCACCACUCCAGUCUUUGGAAAAGGUGUCGCCUACGACGUCCCUAACCCGAUAUUUCUUGAACAAAAAAAGAUGCUGAAGACGGGCCUGAACAUCGCUCGCUUUAAAGAGCAUGUCAGAAUCAUCGAGGAGGAGACCAUCGAAUAUUUUCAGAGAUGGGGAGACAGCGGCCAGAGAAAUCUGUUCGAAGCAUUGUCUGAGCUCAUCAUCCUGACGGCCAGCAGCUGCCUGCACGGCAAGGAGAUCCGCGGCCUGCUGGACGAGCACGUGGCUCAGCUCUACGCAGACCUGGACGGAGGUUUCAGUCACGCCGCCUGGCUGCUACCCGGAUGGCUGCCGCUGCCUAGCUUCAGGAAGCGUGACAAAGCUCACCGGGAGAUCAAGAACAUCUUCUUUAAGGUGAUCCAGAAGCGAAGACGCUCUGAGGAGAAAGUAGACGACAUCCUCCAGACGCUUGUGGACGCCACUUACAAGGACGGACGUCCACUGUCGGACGACGAGAUCGUCGGCUUGCUCAUCGGCCUGCUGCUGGCCGGCCAGCACACGUCGUCCACGACGAGCGCCUGGUUGGGCUUCUUCCUAGCUAGAGAUAAAGCCACGCAGGAACUCUGUUACGCGGAGCAGAAGGCCGUGUGCGGUGACAACCUGCCGCCCCUCCACCUGGAUCAGUUGAAGGAGCUAAACUUGUUGGAGCGUUGCUUAAAGGAAACUCUGAGGCUACGCCCGCCUAUCAUGACCAUGAUGAGGAUGGCUCGAUCGACUCAGAUGGCGUCAGGUUUCACCAUCCCCGCGGGCCACCAGGUGUGCGUGUCCCCGACAGUCAACCACCGUCUGAAGGACACGUGGCGCGAGAGGACGCGGUUCGAUCCUGAGCGCUACCUUCACGAUAACCCUGCCGCUGGAGAGAAAUUUGCCUACGUGCCUUUUGGAGCAGGGCGACAUCGCUGCAUCGGCGAGAACUUUGCCUACGUGCAGAUCAAAACCAUCUGGUCUACGUUGCUGCGUCUGUAUGACUUUGACCUGGUGGAUGGUUACUUCCCUACUAUCAACUACACCACAAUGAUACAUACCCCUAACAACCCCGUCAUUGCAUACAAAAGAAGGAAACAUUGAAGUGAAAAUGUUUCACAUAAGAGGGACAUACAUAAAAUGGACCACUAUUUCUGUACCAGCGUGCUGCAAUAAUACCUGACUGCAGCCCAGAGCCAAGUGACAGCCGCUACAAACCACGCCUUGUACAAACGACACAUGAUGCUACGGUGAUAGCGUCUGAUGCGUCUCAUAGAUAUCAUGUAUAUAGAACUAGAUGCAUGCGUUUCAUAGCUAUCACAUGUACUAGUAUGUACAAUUAAAUGCAAAAUCAGUCUGGGCAGCUUGGUAAACAGCUGCCAUCUUAAAGCUGUAGACUUCUCUGUUGUCGCACCUAAGCUAACUUUUUAUCUAAAAUACUUCUAAAUCGGCAAAAUCUUGAUUUGAACCCAUCUUUAAAGCAACACCUGGUGACUUUUCAACCUUUAUAAAAUAUUUUCAGAACAUUUGUGAUAUGUCGAUUAACAACUAGUUGAAUGACACCUCAACACAACAAAUGUGCCGACUGCUUUACGGCAUACGUCACUUCCCCCUUUCUCCAUUCAUUAUAAAGGCAGAAGUCGAUGCGAACGCUUUCGCACGAAAUCUGCAAAGAUGGCAGAGCAACAAAAGAGGAAAAAGUUUUGUCUGAGGAGCAGAGGUGGGUAGAGUAGCCAAAAAUUUUACUCAAGUAAGAGUAGCUUUACUUCCAAAUAAUAUUACUCCAGUAAAAGUAGACAUCCAAAAAUUUACUGAAAAAAGUAUUUGUUGGAAAGAAUACUCAAGUAAUGGGUACCAUUGUGAAUGACUGCUUAGAAUGUCAGUUUUUUUUUUUAAUAAUGCUUUUUUUUUUUUCGCAGCACGUCAUUUAUAUGAACUUAUUAUACUUUACUAUAUUGGGCCAAAAGGAUGACACAAAAAUCUAAUUCAGACUAGAACAGCACUUGAUACAUCACCUGUCCUUUAAUCCUAAAACCUUAGUAACCAUUUUGUGCCUUAUUGAGAUAACGUCAACCAUUAGUUUUUUAGGACCACAUUACAGUAUUUUGAACCACUUUUGGAAUUGUUUUGAAUCCUUUUCCCCCCUUAACUGAAAUUAAAUCUAAUUUUGUUGUGGGGAAAAAUAAAAAAAACACCUGUCCAAAGAGCAUUAGCGCCUCUGGUGGAGUAAAAACAUUGUUACCUUUGUUUGGUAUAAUGGAGCAUGUUGUUUUUGUUGCAACGUCUGUUUGGUGAAAAUUACACAGCCUCUGUCGGCAUCUCUGGCAAAAAUGUCAUUAAAGAGGAAUAAAGAGGAAAAAUGUAACGACUAGUGUAGCCCAAAGUAGCGGAGUAAGAAUAGUGUUUGUUCUUCACAAAUCUACUCAAGUAAAAAGUGUUGCGUUGUAAAACUACCUUAAGAAGUACAUUUUUCUCAAAACGUUACUCAAGUAAAUAUAACAAAGUACAUGUAACGUGUAUCGAUUAUUGGAUGUUAGUUCGAAUAAUCAAGUAAUCAGAUAAGAAACAAAAAAAAAUACUAUACCUGAGUUGAGCCUCAAACGGAAAAAGAAAUAAAGAUCUAAGUACAACAAAAGAACAAUUGGCUAACUCACACAGCAAAGUCCGCUAGCUUAAAUGCUAUAAAAUGCUAACUUUUUUUUUUUUUUUUUUAAAUGCUCUAAAUAAAUGGUUCAAACACAUAUUCCCACAAAAAACAACUGAAUAUACCGAGAAACUAAAUUACGAAUGCACUAAAAAAACAUUAGUGCAAACAAAAACUUUAGGCUGGACAAAUGAGAGAUGCAUAUAGCAUCGUUUCGAUGCCUUUUGACUAAAUUUCGAAUGCGGUUUUCAUAUCUUUUGUUCAUCUUCGCUCGUGUCGUAAAUUGACGCGGUCGCCACCAUGUUGUUUGUUUUAGAAACCCAUAGCAAUAUUAUGCGUCUCCUAUUGGUGCAUGUGACCUAAAAUAGCUUCACACACUGAAGAUACGACUCCGCCGUAUUAAUAUCACUGCGCCACGGGGGGGGAAAAAGACCGACACGAGAACGCUGAUUACUAAAAAAUUACUGGAAACCGUAAGUAGAACUUUUUUAACUAAUUAGCAACGUAUGUAUAUUAUAAAGCAGAGUUCAUGUAGAUCCACUUCAGUGGAACGAAAUCCAUUUUCUCAGUACUUUUUCCAUGGUGCCAAUACAGCCUUCUUAGCUUAUCUUGGUCUUAAAAGAGAGCAGCUGGAAUGAGCCCUGUGAAAUGAAUUGUCAUAUUCACUGUUGACACUAGAGGGCAGUGUAUCCACCCAAAUCAAUGAAAACAAAUGCAAACACUUUCAAAACAAACCAUUACAACGCCACUUUAACAAAUACUCGAAGCAGCAAAAUUUAAUUUGAAUCUUUUUUCUUUCAUCCUUUACACAGCUGCUGGAAACAAAUGUUUAAUCUAUCUGCAGGUGAGGAUUUUACGACACUAUACGCUCAUGCACUAGUCUUCAUGGGAAACGCAGUCUUAAUGCAAAACACUACCGCUUUUGUCCACCGGUGUCGCUAAAAUCGACCAAAACUGAAAAGUUAACCAAGUGUUGCAUUAAAUGCUAAAAAAGUUUUAACUUUCACAUGUCAACGGUUAAUGGACAUUCAAUGAUUUCCAAACACAGCAAAGAUUACAAUCUAGAUAUGUUUAGUCACGCCCCUGUGUCCGCAAUACCGCUGUGGCUAGUUAAGUUUCGUUUAAGCAGUUGGACUUAAUGUCCCCAAAACCCUUUGAACUUCACAUAGGGAAAUAAAUAUUCGCGCCACCGUACCGCGUACUAACAGGAGGGGGCGUAGUAUGUAUGAGGCUUGGUUUGUAGCGGCUGUCGCUUGGCUCUGGGCUACAGUCGGACCCUCUUCGCAUUCUGAGAUACAAGCCUGCCAUCAUGAUGCCUUCAAUGACCUUGUGUAAAUUGUAGAGAACUUGUAGUUGGGAAAAGUUGAGCCUCCCGACAGGGAAAAUUGUCUUUCAUUCUGUAAAGUCACACAAAAGAGUUAAUUAAAGAUGACUUUUUAAUACUUUAUAUGAUGUUGCAUUCACUGAAGCUGGAGGAUUUCAGAACUUUUGUCUUGGUCUCUGUAAAAUGUAAUCAAACUAAAAAUGGCAUACAGUUUGACCGAAACAUUUUCAAUGUCGAUUAAAGACAAGACGGGAUGAAAUCUUCUCCUUUAUUUGUUUUUGACAAAAUAGCCAGAAAAGCUUCUAUAAAAAUACGCUCUCUACAAAUGUUUUCAGGCCUCGAAGCAAAACAAGUGUGUAGAAGAAUCCAGUUAAGCCAACCGACACCCGCGCAAACAUAAAUUAAUCUCAAAAAACCUUUUUAAAUUAUCCAUAAA